GAUAGCAGGCGCAACUGCAGUUUUGGGUGACACGUAAACUGAAAAAGUAAAGUUGGUGACGGCAGUUUAGGCCUCCACACAGCAACAAUGAUCUCGAGAUCCUUAUUUCAGUGCAGCAAGUGAGCGCGGAGGUGGACUCACGCGAGGAGCCUCGUGUUCUGAGCUUCUGCAGCUUUUGGGAUCUUUUAGAAGAGGUAAAAUCUGGUGAACCCUCCAGGCAGAAGAGAGACCAGGACUCUAUGGGAGUCGUUAUGGGAAUGGACAUCUCAUGCAUGCCAGGGCUGAUUUCCACCAAGUCUCUUUGAAAAGUCCUGGGUUUAUGAGCGCAACGAGUUAUUCUGACUACUUUAGAAGCCAGGAGGGAAGGUUGGGUGGAGGUUUUGCCAGCAGCAGCAGUCUGGGCCAGGCCACCAUGGCCAACGGGGUUUGCUCCAGGAGGCAGAGGAAGAUCCUGCAGUCGCUCCUGCUGCUCACCCUGGUCUGUGGGGGGCUGUACGGGGCUAUGGUGGCUUAUGAGACCCACAAACAGCUGAAGAGGACCGAGGCCAUGGCCCUGAAGUACCAGCAGCACCAGGAGGCUCUUUCAGCCCAGCUACAAGUUGUGUACGAGCAUCGGUCCAGACUGGAGAAGUCUUUACAGAAAGAACGCCUGGAGCACAAAAAAGCCAAAGAAGAUUACCUGGUGUAUAAACUCGAGGCCCAGCAGUCAUUAAAUAAAGAGAAGCAAGAUGCCAGCAGCAGGUUUAACUCUCUGCACACGCAGCACCAGAUGCUGAAGACGCAGCACGAGGAGCUGAAGAAGCAGUACUACGAGCUGCAGGAGCAGCACCAGGCUCAGGGUGAUGACCACAGCAAGAUACUCAACGAUCACCGGCAGAGAUACGACCAGCUGCAGCACACCAAAGAGCUGGAGAUCUCCAAACUGAAAGAAAAUGUUUAUAAUCUGCGGGAGGAGAAUAAGCAGUUGAGGAAAGCUCAUCAGGAAAUCCAUGUGCAGCUUCAAGAUACGAGGCAACAGCACAAGGAUUUAAAAGCAGCCCAUGAUCAGCUUGUGUUGACGCUGGAGGACCACAAGAGUGCGCUAGCGGCGGCCCAGGUCCAAGUGGAUGAAUUCAAGCAGCUGAAAGAGACUCUGAAUAGGAUGCCCAGUCUGAGGCAGCCAGAGGAGCACCAGCCCCCUGCAGGAGGCUUGCAAGCCCAACCCCCCCACGUAGGACAACCUGAUGAGCACAGGGACACAGAGUCUCAGCUGCAGCACCAUGAGGACAAACCAGCAGAGCGAGAAGCUGCAGGAGCACAGGUGGAGGAGGAGAAGCGAGAUCGGGGGAAUGAAGAUGUGGAGCAGCAUCAGAAUCCAGAGGAACCUGAACACGAGGAUCGAGAGAGGGAUAUAGAACAAAACCAGCCGGAUGAGAACGCAGUAGAGCGGGAGCAGCACGCCACCCAUCUGGUCGGCCCGACCCAGGCAGCACACGUAAAGUCUGCACUGGAGCAGCAGCAGGAGCAGAAGCGUUUGGCUGAGCAGCUGGCGGAGCGACGGAGGCAGCUCCAGCUUAGACAAGAGGAGCUCCAGAGACAACAGCUUCAGCAGCAGAGAGAGAGAGAGGAGAGAGUGAGGCUGGAGAAGGAGAGAGAGGAACAGCAGCACAGAGAGGCUGAUCUCAGAGAACAGCAGCUCCGAGAGGAACAGCUCAGGAAAAAGGCACAUUAUGAACACCUAGAUGCUGGUGAGGGUGAGGAAGAUGCUCGGGUUGAUCUGCAAGAUGAGGAGAGUAAUCCACGCAACAAUAACAGGCAAGAGGAGAAGCAAGUCCAUCAUGAAGAGCAGCCCAUUGAGGCCGACGUUGAUCCAGCAGAUGACCCCAACAACCAAGGAGAGGAUGAGUUUGAGGAGGCUGAGCAACAGGGCCGCGAAGAAGAGGAUGACGAAGGACCGGUACCCCCUGGACACUCUGACAACCACUUACACAGAGAAAACCGACAGCAGCCGCCUGCAGACGAACAGCUGGUGAUGGCAGGAAAUCCUGACCAACAAGAGGACAACUUGGAAGAGCAGUAUCAGGAAGAGGGAGAUGAAGAGGCCCAGGAUGACUUGGCUGAGGAGCAGAAGCCAGAAGAGGCAGGAGAGGAAGCAGAUCCUUACAAUGAGGAGAAUGGAGAGCAGGAUGAUGCUCGUGAGCAGGUGGAGGCGGGGCCAGAGGACAAACAGCCUGCCAAAGAGCCCAAUGAGGAGGAGAACUACGAAGAGGAAGAGGAGGAGCCAGAGGAAGACACCAAUCACAGAGCGGAGAUGUGAGGAUGACCAAUCACGUCAUGCUUCCUCUGCACAGGCCUUUGGCGGUAUUCUCCUUUUUCCUUGUAGCAGAGUAAAACUGUCUGAAGCAGAGAUUCUGCUGGGACAUUUAAGGUCUGAAAGGGUCAGUUCUUCAGCGGUGUGAAAUGGACAUGAGCGCCUGAUGUACAGAUCAACCUACAGCCCUCAGUUUGCCUACAAUAUACUGUAGAACUUCUUAACUGUGCCUUAUUGUGUUGAAGUCCAAAUCAAACACUGUCACAUUAGCUAUGAGUUUGCUUUUAAACAAUAAAGAGUUUGAAAGCAAUUUUUUUCUUAUAUAUUGUUGCUGUUCAAAGAAAUUCAUUUUUUUCUGAUUUUCAGUUUUAUAAUUUGAUCUAGGAAGCUGCUCUUUAUGCUGGGUGAACACUUCAUGAUUAAUGGACCAACAAAAAUUGGAAUAAAAUCUUGUAACAUUAACUUACAUUAAAAGUAAAGGAUGUUUUUGCCCCUCCUGUAAAGUUACUCUUUUGAAGAUACAUGUUUAUUUUUGGACAGCGACAAUAUGUAAGGUGUCUGUCUUGCAAUGUUGCUGGAGGUUUCUUGAAAAUGUUAAUCAAUUUAUUCUAAAAAGAAGAAAGUUGUCCCCGUCAGCCUUUCGUCCACGGUUUUCUGUCACCAAUUUAUGUGUACACUGAUCAGGCACAACAUUCUGACCACCUCCUUGUUUCUGUGCUCAUUGUCCAUUUUAUCAGCUCCACU